AUGAUACUCCGAAGAUGGACGCUUGGCCCCGGAUACUUCUCGCGAUGGAGCGUUCUGGCAGCAGCGUGCUGCGUGAACCUCUUCACGUUGUACAGCUACGCGUACGGCCUGUUUAGCGACACCCUCAAGGACUCCUUGGGAUUCUCUCAGAGUGCGGUGGACGUCAUCGCUAGCGUUGGAGAGGCGGGGCUCUGGAGCACCUUUCUGGUCGGCAUUAGAGACUGCCCGUAG